AUGUCGUCCAUAGCGCUCCGUCGCCCUCGACCAGCUCCCCGUCGCGUAUCUGCUCGACACGAGAGCGUCUCGCCAUCAACCGUCACGCCGCUUCGCCAAUUUGCCGUCCAUCGAGCUCAUGCCACGGCGGACUUUACAGAGGCAGACGAGGACGAGGAUGAGGACGAAGAUGAAGAUGACGGAUUCGAGAAUAACAACAGCAACAACAACAGCAAUAACAACAAAACGGACCCGGGCCCCAUUGAUGAUACCAACAGCAGCAACAACGCCCGUCGCCGCCAUCCCUAUAGCUAUGCAACCGACAAUGCUGCAGGACGAGAUCAGGGGGGUCAAGGAGACGAUGGAGACGAAGAACGCCACCGCAGGAGACGCAAUACGCUGCCCGUCCUUCCACUCUUCUCCUCAACGCAUCUUGACGUCCUCCCGGUUUACAGCUUGACUCACGCAAUCCGAAUCAUCGUUAGCUCUCGUACUGAGACGACGCUUACAUGGGACCAGCUACGCUCUCCCCAAGUUUCUCAAUUCCUGAUCAAGCCCAUGCAGCAACAGAUUCGCAAUCAACACUUCUCGCGAGCCACUCUCUAUGCCCUCAUGGCAAACUGUCUGCAGUUCACUAAGGAAGGCCAGAUGUAUGCCGCCAAUGCUGGCACCAGCAACACGAGGGCCAAGGUCUGUGAGCUGCUGUCUCUGAAGCUGCUCAAGGAAUACUCUACCCGCGAACUGAUUGAUGCAUUGGCCUACGACUUCUACCCCCUGCAAGGUAUGCCCGGAGCACGACCACCCCCCACGGCUGGCAGCUCUGCCAGCAGGUCCAAAAACACCCCCCUUGUAGCGUCGCGGACGUCAACUCUAGAGGUUGCAAUCCGAGCCUCGGCUAAACAUUUCCUCGCCCACCCGGUUGUGGUCCAGCAGUUGGAGGCCAUCUGGAAUGGUGCCAUUUCCUUCUAUUCUUCUGCCGAUAGCCUUCACCGGGAGUCGCCCUCGAGCCCCUUUUCGCGCUUCAAUAGCCAGCCCAAAGUUGAUGAUAGGACUCCUCUCCUGGGCUCUCUGCCUCCCAAACCGGGGCAGUUUGCCGUUCCUCCUGGCAGGAGAACUGUGAUGUUGUACGACCCCAGGCAGGCAUCACUGCUUAAGCUGUCUCGCCUCAGGGUGCCGCGAUAUAGAUCCUUCUUAUCUACGCUGUCCCUUGCUGUUCUCAUCGGGCUCUUCUUGGCUGUCCUAUCUAGACGAUCUUCACAAAUCACCGGCCUGGAACUGGUCUUUUGGUUCUGGAGCGCUGGCUUUAUGCUUGACGAACUGGUGGGCUUCAAUGAGCAGGGAUUUGCACUGUACAUCAUGAGCUUUUGGAACAUUUUUGACCUGGGUAUCCUGGUGCUGCUCAUUGCCUAUUACUGUAUGCGUGUCUAUGGCGUCUUCCUCGCCGACCCUCACCAUUGGAAUGCCAUGGCCUACGAUGUACUGGCCGCAAAUGCCAUCCUGCUGCUGCCUCGCAUCUUCAGCAUCCUGGACCACUAUCAGUACUUUUCUCAGCUGCUUAUUGCUUUUCGGCUCAUGGCGGCAGACUUGGCGGCUAUCUGUGUGUUGAUUCUCAUUGUCUGUAGCGGAUUCUUUGUCUUCUUCACUUCCUCCACCGCCUCUAGUGAUGGUGGCGAGGUUGCCUACAAGAUAUUCCAGAUCCUCAUGGGUUUCACACCCGCCGCGUGGGAUGUAUGGCCAUCGUACAACUGGCUUGCGCGUGCAUUGUUAUGCUUGUUCCUUAUCAUCUGUCAUUUCUUGAUUGUGACAAUUCUCAUUACCGUCCUGACCAACUCUUUCAUGGCAAUCGCCUCCAAUGCCACCGAAGAGCACCAAUUUCUCUUCGCCAUCAACACCAUCUCAAUGGUGAAGAAUGACGCUCUAUUCUCUUACAUCGCACCUACCAACAUCUUCGCAUGGCUACUCAUGCCUCUACGUUACUGCAUGCCACUUCGCCACUUUGUCUUGCUCAAUCGCAUCAUCAUCAAGGUGACUCACUGUCCCAUCUUGUUCUGUAUAUUCUUGUACGAAAGAUUCUGGUUGGCGCCGUCCAUUUUUGAGCCUACAGAUCUGGUGGAGAAUCCCGGAAGGAGUCGGGGUCGGGCCAUUUCCUUUGGAGACAUGGCCAACAGAACCAGUAUUUUCAGCCCAAGCAUGCGCGUACGCGAAGAGUCUGUGGCAGGUUAUCAAAAGGAUAGAGCCCUCGAUGAGCUGUUCCUGCGUAUGCCCGACGCCACGAGGACACAAAGGAGGCAUGAGAGACGAAAGACACAGACGGCAAUUCGAAAUUGGAUGGAUCGUAACGACCAGGACGGAGCCGGCGGCACCAAUUGGCCUCCAACGGAUAAUAGAGCUGUGCCGGACUGGCAGAGGAGGAUGAGCAUGGGCUGGGAUCUGCGCUCCAACUCUAGGCAGCUAUCCGAUCUCAGGUCCAUUGUCAGCGAUCCGGCAGACUUUGCGUCCAAUGUUGGGGGAACUUCAUAUCGAGCCUUUCCCAUGAUGGAUCCCCGGUUCAUGGACCCUCGAUUUGCCCAUCUGAUGCCCGAGUAUAAAGACCACACCGAUGCCGAUGGAGAUGAUGAACUGGUAACAAACGAUGAAGAUGAAGACGACCUCGGCACCAGCGCCGAUCCCAAUGGUCCGAGGGGAGGAAAUCCUGCCCCGAGCGAAACUGAUGACUACUUUACAACAACUCCCACGGGAGCGCGGUCAGCCGUUAUAGCUUCCUCGCAUAGCUCGGACGAAAAAGAAAAGCCUCCCAGCAAGCCCAGGCGAACCGGAAUACACAAUCGCACACUGUCUACAAACACCAUACUAUACAAUCCUGGGGAGAUGGACAUGCCUCCCGAGAGCUCCGCUUCAGCCUCGCCGCCUAAAGGGCCCGUGCCUGGAAGCCGGGGCGGCCAAGUUGCAGACAUGAUAGCAGGCGAAUCAUUUACGCCUACCGGCAUGCGCAGCCCCCCUCGACGAUCGCUCUUCUCUCCGCCGAGCCUCAAUACUCGCUCCACCAUGCCUCCUCAUGGCCUGGCGGGUAUGAGCAACUUGAACAAAUCCGCCAUGUUGGGCAUGGAUCAGAGAACUCGAGAACGUGCUGCUCGAAGGCUAUCCUCUGCUGAUCUCAGCAUUCUAUCUGAUAACACCAAUCUCCCCUUUGUUGGAGAUAUCAAUGCUGGCUUGGCGGGUAGUUUCCAGACGCAGAUGGCCAUGGCUAUGAUGAAGGACAGUCGACUGCGAAGUAAGGGGGAAGCCGAGUCAGCGGAUCGCGAUAGGAUGGGAAGGCUGGUUCUCGCUCGCAUGAAGACCCUGGAAGAAAGUUUUGCAGAUGUUAUCAAAGAAAUGCGAGAUUUGAAAAGCUCCACAGCUCCGACGACGAGACGAAACUCAUCCGGUGAGGACCUAAAGAUGGGAUCUCCUCUCGAAGUGGGAAGAUCGGAUCGACCAAAGAGCCGCAAGGGGACGGCAACACCGAAAAAGGCGACUAACAAGAGGCCCGGUAGCCGGCGGAGCAUGAAGGAGAGCAAGCUUGGUUUGACAAUGACGGCGGAUGUUAAAGGCAAGGGGAAGUAUGUUGCCUACUCGACAGAGGAAGAGGGCGAAGGAGCAGGCGAUGUCUUUUCAGACAAGAGAAGCUCCCUGUAA